UUUGCUGCUGUGGUUCUGAAUUAGAUGGACCUAAGAGUACUACGGUAACAAUGAAACUUACUUUUUAGCCUAAACUCACCUGGAAAUGUUCUUUCAUAAUAGGCAUUGGGGUAAUGUCUUUUAUGAAAUGAAUUUGAUUAAUAACUGGAAUUUGAUCACUUUGGCUUGAAUGAAGCUAGUAAAUUGAUCUGAGGCCGAUCAAUAAAUGGCCCAGAUUAUUAUUCAUCAGCAUGGUUACCUGGUAAUGAAUCAUUGUGGCAGGCCACAACUGUUCCAUCUAACCAUCGAAAUAACCAUAUCAGGAGACACAGUAUAGCUUCUGACAGUGGAGACACUGGCAUUGGAACUUCCUGUUCUGACAGUGUGGAAGAUCAUUCAACUUCAAGUGGCCCGUUAUCUUUUAAGCCUAGUCGAUCACUGGUUACUCUUCCCACUGCCCAUGUGAUGCCGUCUAACUCCAGCGCUUCAAUUUCCAAACAUAGGGAAUCAUUAACAUCAGAUGGCUCAAAAUGGAGUACAAGCUUCAUACAGACUUUGGGAGACCACAGUACAGGGGAGCAGGACUCUUCACUAGACAUGAAGGACUUCCGGCCUCUUCGGAAAUGGUCAUCUUUAUCCAGACUCACUGCCCCAGAAAACUGCAGCCAAGGUAGCACUGUACACAAGGAAGAAUUGAGGAAUGGUUUGGAAAAGACAGGGAGAGGCAAGACUUUAACAUCACAAUUAAGGACUAUUGGGCCUAGUUGCUUACAUGACAGUAUGGAGAUGCUUAAGCUAGAAGACAAGGAAAUAAAUAAAAAACGGUCAUCAACUUUGGAUUGCAAGUAUAAAUUUGAGAGUUGUAGCAAAGAUAACUUCAGAGCCUCUUCCUCUGCUCUUAAGAGACAGACCUUAGAUAUGACAUACAGUGCCUUACCUGAGAGCAAGCCCAUUAUGACAAGCUCAGAGGCUUUUGAAUCUCCAAAAUAUUUAAUGCUUGGUCAGCAGGCAGCAAGUGGAGUUCCCAUUCAGCCUUCUGUGAGGACUCAGAUGUGGCUUACAGAGCAGUUAAGGACAAACCCUUUGGAAGGUAGAACUACGGAGGACUCUUAUAAUUUAGCUCCUUGGCAACAACAGCAAAUUGAAGAAUUUCGACAAGGAAGUGAAACACCAAUGCAGGUUUUGACUGGAUCAUCUCGUCAAAGCUAUUCACCUUCUGGCUUUCAGGAUUUCAGUAAGUGGGAAUCCGUGCUGAAAAUAAAAGAAGGACUUCUAAGACAGAAAGAGAUUGUAAUUGAUCGGCAAAAGCAACAAAUCACCCACCUACAUGAGAGGAUAAGGGAUAAUGAACUACGGGCACAACAUGCCAUGUUGGGGCAUUAUGUAAAUUGUGAAGAUUCUUAUGUGGCUAGUUUGCAGCCACAAUAUGAGAAUACUUCACUCCAGACUCCAUUUUCAGAGCAGUCAGUGUUGCAUCCCCAGCAAGAGGAACUUGAGCAGAAGCUUGCAUCUACUGAAAAAGAGGUUUCACAGCUCAAUGAAUUUCUCAAGCAAAGAAUAAACCAAUUCAGUGAAGAGAAGAAGAAACUGGAGGAAAAGCUAAAAACCAGAGAUAGAUAUAUCAAUAGCCUGAAAAAGAAAUGCCAGAAGGAAUCUGAACAAAACAAAGAAAAGCAGAGAAGAAUUGAGACCUUGGAAAAGUAUCUGGCUGAUCUUCCAACUCUAGAUGAUGUACAAAGUCAGAGUCUACAGCUUCAGGUCCUAGAAGAAAAAAAUAAGAAUUUACAAGAGACUUUGCUAGAUGCAGAAAAAAAGCUUGAAGAGAUCAAAAAACAAUGUCAAGAAAAAGAAGCCCAGUUAAUUUGCCAGAAAAAGAAAGAAAAGGAGUUAGUAUCUUCCGUUCAGAGUUUGCAACAAAAAGUAGAAAGAUGUCUUGAAGAUGGAAUCCGCCUUCCCAUGUUGGAUGCAAAACAGCUUCAGAAUGAAAAUGAUAAUCUGAGGGAACAGAAUGAGGCUGCUUGUAAGAUAAUAGACAACCAACAAGAUGAAAUUAACAGAAUGAUUCUAGAAAUUCAGGAAAAAUCAACACAUAAACCUUGGCAGGAAACUUGGAUCAAAAGACUGUCAAUGCAGGGCAAACUUUCUAAAGAAAAACUAAACACACAAAAGAUGAUGGAAGAACUGGAGAGGAAAGAGAGAAACCUGCAAAGAUUAACAAAAGCACUGCUUGAACCAUUGCAGAACCAAAGACAAACAGAAGAGACAUGCUCUUUAUUGGAUCAGGGCGAGGAAGCAGACCAAUCUAGGCAGCAAACAGUUCUUUCUAAACGGCCACUAUUUGAUUUGACUGUGAUUGAUCAGCUGUUCAAAGAAAUGUCCUAUUGUUUGCUUGACUUGAAAGCAUUGUGCAGUAUUCUUAAUCAGCGAGCUCAGGGCAAGGAGCCUAAUCUUUCAUUAUUACUGGGAAUUAGAUCAAUGAAUUGUUCAGCUGAAGAGACUGAAAGUGACCACAGCUCAGAAACACUUGCUAAAAGACUGUCAGAUGUGUGCCAGUUACGAAGAGACAUUGAUGAAUUAAGAACUACAAUAUCAGACCGCUAUGCUCAGGACAUGGGAGAUAACUGCAUAACCCAGUGAUCAAGUGUUGGUCCCACAGCAAUAAUGACCCAUUGUUAAAGCUGCUGAGUUACAGUUCUUCAUAUUUCUUUUUAAGAGUUACAAUGGAAAAUUGCAAGUGACAUACCACUUGCACAUAGGUUGUCUGUGUGUGUGGGUGUGGGUGUGGGUGUGUGUGUGUUGAUUUGUUUAAUUGAGGGAAAAUAGGAAUGUGAGGAGAUUUUUAAGGGGCUUAUCUAAUCAGGCAAAAUAAUUAUCAUUUGAAAAAUGUGAUAAAGUCAACAAGAAAAAGCAAAUUUCCAAACUACUGAUUAUAGGACCAAUUUGUGAAUAGUGCCCUUCAGAUAAAGGGACAGAUUUUGUUUACUUCUGUAGGUUUUAUGUGUUUGCAUAUGCAUAUGUGUUUGAGGUUUGUGUGUAUGUGAGUGCUUUUAAGUUCACAUAAUUAUAAAGAUUUCAAGCAUCAAAUCAAACCUUCUAAGAAAGGCACACACUGUUUAUUCUUAUAUUUUUUUCAUAUGGAAACUUGUGUUGUAUUUUGAUAUUUUCAGGGGCUAGCUGAAUAAGAGUUCCAACAGUAGGCAAGUGUUUAAUAGAAGUGCAGCAGGCAAAACUAUUUGUGAUUUAAAUAAUCACUGAACUGAGAUGAUGAGGUUCUGGAGUUGGGAUAGGUCAGCUUUUUCUCCAGAGUGAUUGUAAGAGUGUGAAGUACUGAUGAGAUAAUCUUUUUCAUCAGCACUAUAAUUUAUACAUUACAAGAAAGUUUAACAUAAGUUGAAAUUAUUUUAUCCUAUCUCUUACUACUUAUGGUUUUUUGUUUAUAUAUGGCAGUAUAAACAAAGCCAUAUAUAAUUAAUGCAAACAAGGCCUCAGAUCAUUGUUAAGCAAAGAUUGUCAGACUGACUCUGGAAUGAUAGUUUAUUUAUCAAAGUCUCAGCAUUUACAUUUUAACAGUUUUGUACCUGUUUUAAUUUUGCAACUACAAAAAAGCCAGCUCUUUAUCUGAACUAACACUAACAUAAAACAAAAUCUAAACCUAGAUGAUAAUUUUAUUUCCUUUUAUUAGAUAUAUUUCAUUAAUAACAGGGAUUGUUAUAGAAUAUGAACUUGGCUUGGUUAGUUAUUCAUCUGGAGGACAGGGUAUUAGUAUGAAAUAAACUGAUUUUUAAUAGACAUGCAACAUGUAAACUUCUAAAUGAAUGUUAUCUGUUUAGUUCUUCAGAGCAUUGAUCAUAUUCUUUUGAAUAUACUUAGUUAUGGUAAACUAUUGUCCCCUAUAAAUUGGUUUGAUUUUUCAAUAUUGUCAGGGUUUACUUAGGCAGGACUAAAGAAGUGGGGAAUACGAUGUGUAGAUCAGUUAGGAUGAUAUUGUUUGUUUGAGAGCAGAUCAUAUGCCUGUUUUCUUGCCAAGCAUAUGUAUACAAAGGCUGCUCCUAGAAAAUAUUUUUUUUUUCUGUUCUCAACAGAGGAAGCAUAAUAGAGCAAGGCAUUCAAGGAGACACCCAGGAAAACUCUAUUUAGAAUGUUGGCUUAUUUACAGCUCUCACUAAACUGUUACAUGAUUCUAGUUCAAUACUUCACUAUAAUACACUGUAAGACAUCACAUCUCCCUUUCUUUCAGUGCCUGAGUCCAUGCUGCUCCUCUUUAUAGGAUUUGGCCACUAAGAAAUCAGUGCAUUAUAGUGAUUCUGCAUCCUAAGGUCCCUGACCUCAGAAAGGACUUAGUCACUAUAAGAACUUGGUUUCCUAAUGUAUUCAUUUGGUUUUUAGUGUUAGUUCUUCAAAGACAAUCAAAAAGUAGUAAAUUUGUACCAAAAAAAAAAUGGAUGCAAAGAAUUCUGCCUUACAAGGAUUAAUAUCUGUGAAGAUGUCCCUUUACAGAAAAGUGGAUCAUAAUAUCUGCCACAGUUCAGCCACAAUUGCACCCAAUAACAUUUUCACAUUCUCUUUGAAUAGAAUUCACACCUUCCUACCAUGAUUUCAAAAAUAAGGCACCCUUGGGUCAAUGGGUUCUUACUUAAAUAUCUCCUAAGUUUAAUAGUUUAUGUUGUGGAGUUUUAUGGUUAUUAUUCUUUCAGGCAGAAAGAAUAAUAACCUAGCCUGGUUGGGAUGAAAUGAUUUUUUGUUUUAGUAAAUUUUCUUUCUUAAACUUACAAAAUUUAAUUUAAUUAACAUAUCUUAAGGUAAAAAAAUAUAACAGGAACUUUUGCUGAUGUAUUUCACUUUGGAAAAUGUAUACUCUUGUUUUAAAAAAGCAUGAAGAUAUGAUAGUUUAAGUAUAAUCUUGGAUUAUAAAAUAUAAUUUCUUAAGAGUCUGAAGUUUGUAAAGGGGCCUAGAAAAUAAGUAGAAAUUUUGUAAGGGAUUCUGAGAAAAAAAUGAAACUAGUAACAUUCUAAUUAGGCAGCUUUUAAUUUUUAAUUUUUAUUUUUCAGAAAACUUCCCUUCCUCAAGACACCCACACCCUCUUGUGUUAGAGCAGUCAGUAAUAAUAUUGGUGUCACAUUAAAAACAAAUGUUUUACUCUUAGGUCAGCUAAGACAGACAAAUAGCAACACUAUGGUGUCUUGCCCCAGAGUGUUCAUAGAAGUUAUUACAGUGAUACAUACCUGAAAUGGAAAUUAAUUUAAGUUUUAAAGUCAGUCUAUUUUAAAUUUUCUUUAGAUAAUUAAACCUCUUUUUAAUUAUGCUUUUGUGUAUUAUUAAAUGCUUAUCUUUUUAGGAAGUGUCAUAAUUGAUCUUUUUGCGCUUUGAAGUAAAGCCUGUUCCAACUCAGUCAUAUUCAGCGUGGAUGAAUAUGACUCCAUAACAGAUCCACUUUGGCUGUGCACAUAACAACAUUAGCUGACUCAAGGGCACAAAAGCUGUUUUCAUUUGAUGUCAGAAAAAUACAAAAACUUUAGAUUGUUAAUAAAUUUUUAAUGGCCUGUAAUUUUUAAGAAGUGUUUUAAGUAUUGACUAGGUAAGAUAUGCCUGAACUUAUUUUUAAAAAUAUGUGGCCCCAUUUUAUAUUUGAAAUAGGAUUUAAUAUUUCAAUUUAGCAGUAUUAUAUCUUAGUGAAAUUUAUUUUGGUUGUGACAGUUUAUUAAACUGAAAUAGGCUUUCUUUCAGUAGCUUGUUAAAGACAAUCCCAAGGGCUGGAAAGUGUUGCUAAAAUGAAAAUUGUACAUUUCUGACUUACUAAUAAGCUUACAAAUUAAUGUUGUCAUUGUGCAAAACUCAACAGGAAUCUUUUAGAGAAUAUUUUUAAAGAAACUACUUUAAUGGGAAAAUGUCCUUUAAAUAUCAGUAAUAGUUCAUUGAGUCACAGUAACUGAACACCUGGACUGUAUUUUUACAUAGCACAGUUCAGCUCAGGCAUAACUUAAGUUUGGAUUAUUAGCAUUCUGUUAUUUAGAUUUCUAUCACUGUAGAUAUAUAAUUACAUAUGUAAGCAAUUCUUAUAACCAUGCUCACUCAGACUGCCAAUAACUGUAGCUCUCAGAGCUAAAGUUAAUUCAUUUUGUUUUCCAUUUUCAAGUUAUUUUCAGUGUUCACAAAACAAGAGGAACUAUUUUCUAUUUGUUAUAAAAAGUAAACUUCCAACUUUGCCCCCAAAUGCCAUUCAUAGUAAUUGCCAUAUGAUUAUAUCACACAUUUAAUCAUGAAGGGGAAAUAUUUGGGAAUUUUUUCUUAUUUAAAAGAAAUAUUGAAUACAAUAUGAAUGGUUUCAAAUCAGUAAGUCUUUAGGAGCACUGUUGCAGCUGCAUUCAGAGAACCUUUUGUGCCUUUUUGCCUGCAGCAAGUGUUCAUUCUAUCUCACAUGAGUUAUAAGAAUGGUGAUGAUUGUUGCACCUUGUUCUUUAAAUAGACUUGAUUAAGGACUUUUUUUUUUUUUUUUUUUUAAGCAAGGAACGUUUGUCAUUAGGAAGUGGAUGCCUUAGUGAACAUGAAAGGAAGUAUCACGUUCUUGGAGCCCAGCCUCCCUGUAUAGUGUGAGGAAUUCCUAUAGAAUGUAUUCAUUUGUUGUGUAUAUGUAUGUACAUAGAUAUAUAUGAGUAGUUAUUUAAAUAUAUAAAUGUAAAGUUCAGUGUCAUGUUGGUGUGAUGGCAAGAAGUAGUAAGGUGCUAGGUGGUUACAUUAAAAGCACAGCUGAGUGCAUAAUCAGUCACUGUGACUGGUGGUUUUUGUAAACUAGGUUCAGUUUUUGAACCAUCCAAAAUACCUCAUGUGUAAAUACAGUGUUCAUAACUUAAUUAAAAUACAGUUAUUGUAAAAAAGAAUGUGAAGCCACUGGCUGGCUUAUGCCUUCUGACCUAUCACUUUUGCCUCCUUUUUUAAAGGGGUUGUUUUUGGUUUUAUCUUUUAAUGGGGUUUACAGCUAGAAUUUUGAAAGCCAAAGCUCUAUUUAUUAAACUAAGAAAAAAGUUUUCAAUGUUAAUGGCUAGUAUUUUUCCACUGGAUUAUUGUUUGUUGAUGUUGGAAUUUGUAUUUACAGAGAAAUAAAUUUUUUAUAAAAA